UGCACUCUCCCACGACGAGGUAAAAAAAAGGAGUCAAGCAUAGAGACGUAGUUCGUCCUACAAUAAAAUUUCAUCUCGCGUAAAUUCUCGAGAGUACUCACGGCCAAUGAUUGCCGUAGUUUCAAGAGAGAGAGAGAAAAAAAAAUGGAAUGAACAAGAGGGAUCUUUCGUCACGCGUCAGUACCAUGUUAGAUAUAUAGAAGGUCCUCUUCUACUCCGAUGGUUUUCACGGAUGUUCUAUAUAAACUAUUGGCUCACUCAGAAUUCAUCUCAGUUGACAUAAAGUUCGCGAUCGUAUCACUGGAUAAUAUUUUGAAUUGUGAAUUAUUCUUAUUUUCCAUCAAACAAUCAUUUUAGUGUGAAUGAACUGAUCGUGAUCAAUCAACUUGGAUUACAAAAGAAAAAAAAAUUCGACAAAUGUGUAAACAAUGAUUUUUGUCUGUAGCUUGUGGUUGGUGAUUUUAUUGCCAAUUUUCAUUCAUGGUGACGAUGCGUCUUCCUCGCAUCCAUCAUCAACACUUGCAAAUUUUGUUAAACAAACAUAUACCACAACAUCGGCAUUGGAUUGGGUCAGUGAUAGUAUUCUCAAUGUAAUCAAUUCAUUGAUUCCAAAUAAACAACCCUCCGAUGGUGUUGAAGGUCGAAAGAAGAAAAAAUUUAAGCUUAACAAAUUUGUUUUACCGUUACUUAUUGGAUUUCUUCUCAUUAAGUCCAUUCUACUACCAAUUGCAUUAAAAUUUUUGGCAGUCUUAAGUGGAAAAGCAGUUGUUUUGAGUUUAAUGAGCCUGAUUCUAGCAGCAAUUGUAGGAUUGAGAGCUGUUGCUCAAAAUCGAGUGGAUCAACGAAGUGACAAUGAUGUUGUUCAUCUUCCUCUAACCAAAUACAGAAGAAAAGAUUUCUCUGAUUUUAGAGAUCAUUAUGAAGAUGAGGAGCCCUACAGAUAUUACAGAGAACGUCGACGACGAAAGUAAAUUAAUUCUCGUUUCAUUAUAAGAAGUAAAGAUAAAAUUAUUAAUGUUUAGAAAUUAUUUUUCUCUAAAUUGAAACAAUCAUAUUAUUAAAAAAAAAAAUUAACGAAGUCUUUACAUUUAGUUAAUUAUUUAGUGGAACUUGAAUACCAAAAAAAUUGUUUUUUUUUGCCCAACCAAAUUUUGGUUGCUGAGACAAUAUAUUUUUCUCAGUGUAGUUUUGUUCAAGUCAAUUAUUUUUUCUGAAUUAUGGUAAAUUGUAUGCUAGUAACAAAAGUCCGUUUUAGUCAGACAAAUCUGCAGAUCUUUUAAGCUUAUAAUCUAUAUAUAAUUAUAUAAAAAUAAUUUGUUUCAAUAUGAUUUCAAAUUUUUUUAAAAAAUUUUGUGCCAGUAGGCUAGUUUGGCUAAAAAUAAUUUUUUUUAAUUUAAAUCUUUCAAAAUCUGUAGUAAAAAGUAAUUUAUGUCUGGCGAGUAUAGUUUCAUAUUUUUUAAAAUUUUUGAGUUAGAAGAAAAAGUAAUUUUAGUCAUAUACAGGGGGUCAAUUGCGUAACUUUUUCCAGAUCCCACAUUCUGUAUUCCACAUUCCGGAUCCCACUUUUAAAAUUCCGUAUUUUAGAUUCCAUAUCCUGGAUCCCAAUUUCAAAAUUCACCAUUCGGGAUUUCACAUUCCGUAUUCCGGAUCCUACAUUCCGGAUUCUACAUUCUGAAUCCAAUAUUCCGGAUUAAACUUUUUACAUUCUGUAUUCCGUAUUUCAUAUUUUGGAUUCCACUUUCAAAAUGCCGGAUAUGGAAUACGGAAUGUGAAAUAUAGGAUCCGGAAAAUAGAAUUUUAAAAGUUGAAUGCGGAAUACGGAAUGCGAAAAGUGAGAUCCGGAGUGUGGAAUGUAAAAUACGGAAAUUUAAAAGUGGGAUUCGGCAUUUGGAAUUUGAAAUACGGAAUGGGAAAAGUGGAAUCCUGAAUACGGAAUUUAAAAAGUAGAAUCCGGAAUGUAAAAAGUGGAAUCCGGUAUGUGGGAUACAGAAUUCAGAAUUCGAAAUUUCGAAAGUAGAAUCCGGAAUGUGGAAUUCGGAAUACGGAAUGUGAAAUAUGGGAUCCGGAAAAAGUUAUGUAAUUGACCCCCAGAACAGUUUAAAAUUUCGUAAGUUUUGUAUAACAAUAAUAAACAUCGGUUUUAAUCAGACAAUGUUCCAAAUUCUUAUUAAUAUGUGAUAUCAGUAGCAAACGUUAGUUUUAGUCAGAUAAAACUCGCUAAUUUCAUAAAAAUUUCAGGACAGUGGUAAAUUUCAAUUAUAGUCAAACUUAUCCUUUUCCUUAAAUUUCUGUUUUUUUUUAGUUUCAGUAGUAAAAGUCGGUUUCUGUCAGACAACUUUCAAAAUUCUUGUAAUUUUCAUAUCACCAAGAAUAGUCACUUUCACUAAGACUUUUUAAAGUCUUGUAAUUUUCAUAUCAGUGGGAAUAGUCACUUUCACUAAGCAUAUUUAAAUUCUUGUACAAUUGGAAUUAGUGGUGAAAAUGAUAGUUUUCAGUCAAAAGGUUUCAAUGUUUUCUUUUAUUUUUUUUUUCAUUUUUAGUAAAAGCCAUUUUUGAUAAAGAAAAUUCAAAUUAUUAUAAAUUUUGGCAUAUGAUGAACAUGAAUUUACAAAAUGAGUUUUAAGUUUUUUUUCUGUUUUUAAACUUUUUUGUGUUUUUUUUUAUGUAAAACAUUUAAAACAAUUAUGUAAACAUUUUAAAUUGUCAUUAUGAGAAAAAAUAAUUCAUUACAAUAUUUUGUGGACAUUUU